AUGGAGGAUUCAAAGCCCAACUUCUUGCCCACGCCAGGGCUGCCUGUCGUUGCAGUCACCCGCCCAGGGGUUCUCUCUGUGGCUGACAUAGAUAUUCCCCCCUUCGAUGAUAUCACCCAAUCGGCCUCACCUGUCGAGGAAACGAAGAUGGCGUCGGUUGCAGUAGAUGUCCACUCGAAGCCGGCGGGAGGUUUGGCCAAAACGGCAAUGGAUUUGCCCAGCAAGUCGAAAACCUCUCCCUUUAAUCCCACUCUGGCGUACCUGACCUUUAUGUUUGUCGGGGCGAAUUCUUUAAUAAACUGGAUUUUCGUGAUGCAAACCAUUCCCUUCAUUGCGCACGCGUUUCUGGACGACCAGGAUUGGAACAACACGCUUCUGGGGUCCUUCCAGGCGAUCGAAGUCGUCGUCCAGCUCGCAAUGCUUGAACUCGGCAGCACACAUGUCAACGUGGUUUGCCUUACGGGAGUUAUUAACGCACUUGCGGGGCUGUUGAUCGUCCCUCUGACCCUUUAUACAAGCAAGACAGUUGCUGUGUGGAUGCUGCAUCUCGUGUGUCUAGUUCUCGGCGCAUGCUCGGGCGUUUACCAGGGCUCUGGGUAUGCCAUUGCCUCCAUGAUGCCCCGGAACUUUGUGAGCGCCGUAUCAACAGGUCAGGGGUUGGCAGGUAUGUUUGUCUUUGUCGUUGUGAUUGGAGCUUCCUUCGCGAUUUUCGACGUCGACACCGCGGCCGGGACAGAAGGCAUUGUGUGGACCGGCUUCACAAUUUCCGCAAUUCUCUCAGUUCUCUGUGCGGCGUCCUUCUUCGUCGUCAUGCGCAAGUCGUGGGCGGUAUCGUGUCUGGAGCGCGUCCGAGCAGAGCGACGCGCCAAGCGAGACGCUGCACGGGCCUGCAAAAGGAACAAGGCGCAGCAAACGCCCCGGGGAGGGGCUGCGGAAUCACCAUCCGUCGAGAGUGAUGGGUACACACGAGACCAGUCUUCGGCACAGAUGACUAUGGUGACGAUGCUGCCUCCGGACGUCCAGGAGCCUCGGGCGGCGGAAAAGGAGGAACAAGGAAGGGAAGUGAAGGCGACGGAGGGGACGGAAGGGCCGGCAGGUCCGUUUGGCGUUCGCCCGUGGCCUUUUGUCCUGAAAGCUGCACUUCCCUGGCUCUUUAUGCUGAUUUUGCACAUGUUCAUCAGCUUCCAUUUGUUUCCCAAGGUUGGGCCUCUCUCAUGGAACUAUGAGAACCCACCUAAGAAUUACCUAGUCAUCUUAUUCGGCAUUUUCUACGUUGCGGAGUUUAUUGGGAGAUCCCUGCCCGACCUCUGCACCAUCAAAGGCCUGGGCUUCCUUCAUCUGCCUCGACGGGCCUUUGUCAUCGCCGAGCUCGCCCGCCUGCUCUUCUUCAUCCCCUUUGUCCUUGGAUACGCAGUCAGUAACGUCCCGUUCGUCAACAAUUUCUACUGGUACUGCUGCCUCAUUGGAGCACUCUCUCUCACUCAAGGCUGGCUAGGGACACUCGCUUUCUACUAUGCCGUCAACAGUGUCGAGUCGCCGACUGAGAGAGAACUCACCGGCCCUAUGGCAGCUAUCGCCUCUCCCUUUGGCUGCGUCAUCGGGCUGUACACCGCUGCUCCGUAUUAG